AUUACGGUCGGGUUCGAGGUCCAGCAUUUCGUCAAACACCUGUGAUGCCGCCGUCUCCUCUCGUCGUGCCUGCCUCCGCGCUCCCGGCGGCCCGCCUCGCCAGGGUGGUAGCCACCUCCGGCAGCGGAGGCACGAGUCCGCCGAGGGCGGCCCCUCGGCGGGGGCGGCGCGGAAAGCCCGGGUUCUCGCGGCGGUCGGCCAUCAAGAAGAGCUUCCACCAGGAGCAAGUGGUGUUCUCCACCCCCGUGCCCGCCGACCCCUCCGUCGCCGUCAUUGGUGGAGGCGCCUCCGGCCUCGCCUGCGCCUCGGCCCUCGCCGCCCGCGGCGUCCGCGCCGUCGUCUUCGACACGGGAAUGCAUGGCUUAGGGGGAAGGAUGGCGACCAGGGUCCUGGACGGCGACGGCGAGCAGCUGGUGUUUGACCACGCGGCGCAGUUCUUCACCGCAAGCGACGAGCGGUUCCAGAGGUUGGCCGACGAGUGGCUCGGCAAAGGGCUGGUCCGUGAGUGGAGAGGCUUGAUCAGUGAGCUCGAAUCCUGUGGCCGUUUCAGACCCAUACCUUCGUCGAGACCAAGGUACAUCGGCGUGGACGGGAUGCGCCCGCUUGCAGAUGCAAUGCUGCCUGAGAGUGAUUUGAUUAAAGUUGUGCGGCCUUGUUGGAUAAGCAAACUUGAGCCGUUCAAUGGCCUAUGGCGCUUGUUUGAGAAUGACAAGCCUCGUGGUGAAUAUGAUGCAAUUGUGAUAGCCCAUAAUGGGAAAUGUGCAAGCCGUCUGCUCUCAACCUCUGGCUUACCAUUGCUAACGAAGCAAAUGAAGAGAUUAGAACUCAGUUCUGUCUGGGCACUCCUUGCGGCAUUUGAAGAUCCUCUUCCAAUCCCACAAAAAGAUUCUCAUGGAGCAUUUGAAGGAGCGUUUGUGAGAGAUGUUGAUUCUCUCUCGUGGAUGGGCAACAAUACCCGCAAACUUUUUCCCAUGCAGACCGGCACACCUGAGUGCUGGACAUUUUUCAGCACUGCUGCUUAUGGAAGAAGAAACAAAGUCCCACAGGAGAAUAUCCCAAAGGUCACGGCAGAAAAAGUGAAGGAAGACAUGCUUGGAGGGGUAGAACAUGCUUUGGGGUUACCGAAAGGAUCUCUUCAGCAGCCAAUUUACACAAGAGUGCAAUUGUGGGGUGCAGCUCUGCCCAUGAACACUCCAGGAGUGCCAUGUAUAUUCGAUCCCCAUGGGCGAGCAGGCAUUUGCGGUGACUGGCUGACAGGUUCAAGCAUAGAAGCAGCAGUAUUAAGCGGAAUGUCUCUCGCAAACCAUAUAGCUGACUACUUUGCAAGUCACGGUGAACGACCUGACGAGUUUGCAAUUGGUUUGCACGAGAAGUUAAACCAAAUUGAAGGGCAUGAUAUUGGCCAGUUUCCCGGGUUAGACUUUCAGAAGCCACAAGUAGCUGAGGCUCAGCUGACGCCAAGCAUAUGAUGAACUUUGAUUUGGUGAUUUUGUACUGAUCGUUGCUGUAGCUGCAUGUAAAUGAUGAGCUGAUCUUUUUUCUGUUCCAGGGAAGAGGGAACUCGUAUGUUGUAACCUGCAGAAUGUACAUUUACCAUGUAUGUAGAAAUUUUGUUGGAA